AUGUCGUUCAGUCAGUCUAAGUUUGUUCAUGAUGAUGAAAUUGCUGAAUUGGAACAGUUAUCAACCUUUGUCGAGGAUUCUUUUUCAGAUGGAGGCAUUUCUCUGGACAAAGACUUCUGUAACGACAGUAAGAAGGAUGACUCCUGUCGGCUCCGUAGAUCAAACCGAGUUUCGGUCCGUAAGAAUAGCAGCUCUUGCUCUGGUGAAAAGACAAUGCCUCUCAGUCCUGGUACUGUUGUUCCUGAACGUGUAGGGAGCAAGCGCCCACAAUCAGCAAUUUUCAGUCAACAACCCACUUCAAAUUUAACAUCUCUUAGAUCAUGCAACAUUAACGUCGAAAACCAACCAAUGCCGAACUCCUAUAUAACAUCAGAAUCAGAGUAUCUCGCAGAAUCCCAUUCACCAUAUAUAUCCAAUGUUAAUGGAAAAGAACAGAAGAAGAUGAAGAAGGGAAAAAAGAAUAGAAAAAGCAGCAGCCUGCUCUCACAAGAAGGUUCUGGAACUGAGGGUCAAAGUUGGGGGUGGAGAGGCGGAAAGGAUAAAUACAUGACAAACAAUAUGUUAGCUGCUAGAGAUAUAGAUAACUUAAGAAGGUAUUUGAAAUGCAGAAUAGAUGGAUUAUAA